AUGAGGAUGGAGAACCAGAGCACCAUCUCUGAGUUCCACCUCCUGGGGCUCCCCAUUCAGACAGAGCAGCAGGGCAUCUUCUUUGCCCUCUUCCUGGGCAUGUACCUGACCACAGUGCUGGGAAACCUCCUUAUCAUCCUGCUCAUCAGGCAGGACCCUCACCUCCACACCCCCAUGUACUUCUUCCUCAGCCACCUGGCCUUCUCUGACAUUUCCUUUUCAUCUGUCACUGUCCCUAAGAUGCUGAUGAACAUGCAGACUCAGGAUCAAUCCAUCUCCUAUGCAGGGUGCAUAGCACAGAUGUAUUUUUUCAUAUUUUUUACUACUCUGGAUGAUUUCCUUCUGACCUCAAUGGCCUAUGACAGGUACGUGGCCAUCUGUCACCCUCUCCAUUAUACCACCAUCAUGAGAGAGGGACUGUGUACCUUACUGGCAACUGUAUCUUGGAUUCUUUCCAGUGCCAAUGCUCUAUGUCACACCCUCCUCCUGACACAGCUGUCCUUUUGUGCUGACAACACUGUUCCCCAUUUCUUCUGUGACCUUAGUGCCCUGCUCAAGCUCUCCUGCUCAGACACAUAUCUCAAUGAGAUGGUCAUUUUCACAUUAGGACUUGCAGUCAUCACCCUCCCACUAACAUGCAUCUUGGUCUCUUAUGGCCACAUCGGGGCCACCAUCCUCAAGGUUCCAUCCACCAAGGGCAUCUGCAAAGCCUUGUCCACAUGUGGCUCCCACCUGUCUGUGGUUUCUCUGUAUUAUGGAACAAUUAUGGGGCUAUAUUUUGUCCCCUCAUCCAGCACCUCCAGUGCCAAGGACAUAAUUUCCUCUAUGAUGUACACUGUGGUCACCCCAUUGCUGAACCCCUUCAUUUACAGCCUGAGGAACAGGUACAUGAAGGCGGCCCUGGAGAAACUCUUCCACAAGGCAGCAGUCUUGUCUCAGUGA